ACGCGCAUCGCAGGCUUGACGUCACUGAAGCGCCUGGCUCUCCAGAGCCGCUGCUAUCGCUGGCAAAAGAUGGGAAAAUCAGAUAGACAUCUAUCGAGGAAUUAGAAGAAAAUGACCGUUUUUGCAGUCGAUUUGAACUCGAUAGAGGAUUCAACAUUGACGCCAAUUUGACCUCCACCGGACAACGAGAAGAUUGGUGUUGUAUGUUAAGAAGACUGGAUGUGGCAGCUGUAGUUUGAAGAGAGCAAGUCCAUCAGCCCUGCCUGUCACUGAAUGUGUGGAGCAAGAGAACUCUUAAUAUAUCGUGAACACUGUCCCGGCUGACUCCCGUUGAAACAUACUUACGGGACUGGUGAUAGUUGUAGCCACAAAAUCAGUGAGAAUAUACGCACAGGCUUGCAAUCUCACAUUCAGUUUUGCUGUCGCUUCCAUUCUUCUAUUUAGCAGAAGAUGUACGGCAGUGCCCGCUCUGUAGGCAGAGGGGAUGCCAAUCAUAGUGGAGGAAGAGAUGGAGGUGGUGGUAGCAAUCAGGGAUCUGGCCGCUCCCCUCGCCUUCCCCGCUCUCCUCGAAUGGGACACCGCCGCACUAACAGCACUGGAGGCAGCGGAGGUGGCCCUGGAGGAGCAGGUGGUAAAACCCUCUCCAUGGAGAACAUCCAGUCUCUCAACGCGGCUUACGCCACCUCAGGACCGAUGUACCUGAGUGACAACGAGGUUGCCAUGGCAGCUGACCACCUGCCUAAAAGUGGUGGCACAGUGACAACCAUGGGGAGACAGAGGGUGACAUAUGGGUCAAGGGGCGGCAGCAGUGGUGGCGUGGCAGCCAGCACCCCCAACAUUGCCACCUCAGUGCCUGCCAACGCUGUCCUGCCUGCGGGUGUGAUGGCAGGUGAUGCUCUGGCUUUUGGGGACCAUCACAUGGCCUCCACUGUGCCGCACUCUCUGAGGCAGGCCAGGGACAACACCAUACUGGACCUGCAGGCCCAACUCAAAGAGGUUCUGCGCGAGAAUGAGUUACUGCGACGAGAAGUGGAGGUGAAGGAGAGCAAGCUCAGCUCCUCCAUGAACUCCAUCAAGACCUUCUGGAGCCCCGAGUUGAAAAAGGAGCGAGCUCUCCGGAAAGAUGAGGUUUCUAAGAUUACUGUGUGGAAGGAGCAAUAUCGUGUUGUUCAAGAUGAAACGCAGCACCUCCAGAUGACUGUGCAGGCCCUGCAGGAUGAGCUGAGGAUCCAGAGGGACCUGAACCAGCUGCUCCAGCAGGACCCUGCCAGCCAGGGUCGUGACCUGGCCCUGACCUCCGAACCCACAGAGGAGAACUACCGGCGGCUGCAGGGCGAGCAUGAAAGGCAGGCCAAAGAGCUCUUCCUCCUGAGGAAGACCCUGGAGGAGAUGGAGCUGAGGAUUGACACACAGAAGCAGACCCUGGGAGCCCGAGAUGAGUCCAUCAAGAAACUGCUGGAGAUGCUGCAGAGCAAAGGGCCGUCUGCCAAGGCAUCAGAGGAGGACCAAGAGCGGACCAGGAGGCUGGCUGAUGCAGAGAUGCACAGGCAUCACCUUGAGAGUUUAUUGGAACAGAGAGAACGAGAGAUUGGUGCGCUGAGAGAGGAGCUUCACCGCCGUUACGAGGGAACCCCUGAGUCCACAAAAACCAAGGCUCUUCAGACUGUCAUUGACAUGAAAGAUGCUAAAAUCAGUUCAAUGGAGCGUAAUCUGAGGGACAUGGAGGAGGAGCUGCUGAUGCUGAAAUCCAAUGGACUCCUGAGCUGCGAGGAGCGCCAGGAGGAGAUGAAGCAGAUGGAGGUGUACCGCAGCCACACCAAGUUCAUGAAGAACAAGAUGGAGCAGGUGAAGCAGGACCUCUCCAGGAAGGACACCGAGCUCCUCGGUCUGCAGACUAAACUGGAGACACUCACCAACCAGUUCUCAGACAGCAAGCAGCACAUUGAAGUCCUCAAAGAGUCCCUUACCGCCAAGGAGCAGCGAGCUGCCAUUUUACAGACUGAGGUGGAUGCCCUGCGCCUGCGCCUGGAGGAGAAGGAGGCAACUCUGAAUAAGAAGAGCAAGCAAAUACAGGAAAUGUCAGAGGAGAAGGGUACACUGAAUGGGGAGAUCCACGACCUCAAGGACAUGCUGGAGGUUAAGGAGCGCAAAGUCAACGUGCUGCAAAAGAAGAUAGAGAACCUGCAGGAGCAGCUGAGGGACAAGGAGAAGCAGAUGAGCAGCCUGAAGGAGAGAGUCAAGUCUUUGCAGGCAGACACUUCCAAUACUGAUACUGCUCUAACCACAUUGGAGGAGUCUCUGGCAGAGAAGGAGCGCAUAAUUGAGCGUCUAAAGGAGCAGCGAGACAGAGACGACCGGGAGAAGGCAGAGGAGCUCGACUCUAGCAAGAGGGAAAUGAAAGAGCUGAAGGAGAAACUGAGUAUAGUGCAGGGAGACCUGUCAGACAGGGAGACCUCACUGUUGGACCUGAAGGAACAUGCGUCCUCCCUGGCCUCCUCGGGACUGAAGAAAGACUCCAAGCUGAAGAGUCUGGAGAUAGCUCUGGAGCAGAAAAGGGAGGAAUGCCUCAAACUGGAGAAUCAGCUCAAAAGAGCUCAGACCGCAGCCCUAGAGGCGCAGGCCAACACUGAGCUGGCCGAGCGCAUCGCCAACUUGGAGCAGGAAGUGGCUCGCCACAAAGAAGAUUCUGGGAAGGCUCAGGCUGAGGUGGACCGCCUGCUGGAGAUACUUCGAGAGAUGGAGAAUGAGAAGAACGACAAGGACAAGAAGAUCAGUGAGCUGGAGAGUUUGGCCUCCAGGCAGAUGAAGGACCAGUCGAAGAAGGUGGCAUCUCUGAAGCACAAGGAGCAGGUGGAGAAGAGCAGGAACGCUCGACUCAUGGAGGAGGCCAGAAAGAGAGAGGACAACAUGUCUGAGAGCUCCCAGCAAGUCAAGGACACUCUGCGUCAGAAGACGGAGCGCAUCGAGGAGCUGGAGGAGGCCCUGAGAGAGAGCGUUCAGAUCACUGCUGAGCGAGAGAUGGUGCUGGCACAGGAGGAGGCUGCCAGGUCACUGCAGGAGAAACAGCACUCACUCAAACCAAUGCAUGAGUCCAACCACGCCCACUUUAAGUGGUCUAAGAUGGAGGAGCUGCUAGGAGCUAUGGAGAAGGUGAAGCAGGAGUUGGAGUCCAUGAGGGCCAAGCUGGCCUCCACCCAGCAGUCUCUGUGUGAGAAAGAGGCUCACCUCACCACCCUGCGAGCUGAACGCAGGAAACACCUAGAGGAGGUGCUGGAAAUGAAACAAGAGGCGCUGUUGGCUGCUAUCAGCGAGAAGGAUGCCAACAUCGCCCUGCUGGAGUUGUCCUCCUCCAAGAAGAAGAAGACCCAGGAUGAAGUGGCUCUGCUGAAACGGGAGAAGGACAGACUGGUGCAACAGCUCAAGCAGCAGACUCAGAACCGAAUGAAACUGAUGGCAGACAACUACGAGGACGACCAUCUGAAGACCACCCCUGACCAAACCAAUCACAAACCCUCUCCAGAUCAGAUGAUACCCCCUCUUCUAGCCCUUUCCCAGAACCGCAGUAAGCUCAAGCUCUACAUUGCCCACCUGACAGACCUCUGCCACGACCGUGACCCCAGCAUCCUCAGCCAGCUCACGCCGCCCUCUCACUAUCACCAUAGUGACCCUCCAGACUGGGAGGAGGAGCUUCAGAAGAAGACUAUUGAACAGCUGGAGCAGGAGCUGGAGGUGUGUGAGAGGGAGAGCGGCGAGCUGCAGGAGUACGCCAACUCUGUGCUUCAGCAGAUCGCUGACUACUGCCCCGAUAUCCUGGAGCAGGUCGUCAACGCCCUGGAGGAGUCGUGCUGACCUCUGACCUCAACCCGUAAUAUUCAGAUAACCUUUAUCUGAGCCCAGAUGCCUUUCUUAAAACCUUCACACAAACAGACUCUUGGAAGGAAGAGAAGGGUGGGGCAUCAUCUCGCACCCCUGAGCUCGUCCCCUCGUCUGUCCCGGGACAAACCCUCAUGUUCCCGAGUGCUUUCCUGUUUCAAGUUACUCUUUACACAGCAGGUAUUACUGGCCAGAUCGAGCACAAUUACUUGACCCACACUCUGCGUCAGCCCUCCACCCCUCAGAUUCUUCCCACAAAUUGGUGUAUUUGAUGUUAAAACAGGCUAGUUUGUUCCUUACGUGAGGCAGGAAAGCACUUUCUAUCUUUGAGAACUGGGGAACCUCUGAUUUCUGAGGAGAACAGAGUGGAGCUGUGCUCACUGGGUGCUUUGUGGAGCCAUGUAGAUGCUUAUUUUGUAUUAUCUUUUUGCCAGUGUUCCCUAAGUAGUGGGUUGGAACCCAAUCGCUGUUUAUCGCCAGGUUUUACUUGUUUGCAGUUUGAGACUGGCUAGAGAUAUAGCUAUUGGUGGCUGAUCAUCUGAACACUUAGGAGAUACUGCUUUUAACCAAAAAAAAAUAAUAAGAAGAAGAAUAAUGGCGCAUGUCCUCCAAAUAUUUCCUCUGACAGCUUAGAGUUGUGGAUCUGUCCUUUUUAGCCAGGAUGAGGUUCUAGGUAAGUUUUAUUGCGUAUCCUGUGGUUGGAUUAUAGGCUUUAGAGGGGGAUCCAGGCCUGAACUUUGACAAUGAUGAAAGAGAAGCUUUUAGUUACACUUUAUGUUCUCAAAUUAGGAUGAGAGGGAGAUAAAAAAAAAAAAAAGAAGCUUUUAUUCUUGAUGAAGCAUUGAUUUUUAGAUGGUUUUGCACACAAUGUCCACAUGUUUGAGGUAUGCAAUGUUGUUUCUUUUCAGAACGUUCUAGUGGCCUUGGAGCAUGCAGAGAUCAGUACUGGACCUAAUGCAGGGAUAUUUAUUCCUCUGUGCUAUUGGUGCUAAGGCAUGAUAAAAAAGAACUUUCGAUCUCAUCCACUGACCAUUCAGUCUCAUCCAAAGUUUCUAUAGAUGUUACUUAAAGCCCACCUUAACAUUAUUUUGUCGUCGACUGAUUCACUGAAAAAUGCAAGCGAUGCCCUUUUCUUGUAUUUUUCGAAUCACUUACAAAUGCAAGUGAUGCCUCUUUAUUGUAUUUUUUGAAAUCUUCAGGGCUAAGGUUUUUAAUUACUAUGAUAGUACAUCUACAUUUACAGGAAAUGAAAGUCACUUUUCAGCAGGUUUUGACUUUUUAGGUCAGUUUGUAAAUAAUGUGAUAAUUAACACGUACAGUGACUGAAUAAAGGUAAUUAAGUGGAAGAUGUGCAUUCUUUAAAAAAAAAAAAAAUAUCUGAAAAGCAGUGCAGUUGUCUUUUGUGUGUGUCUAAUUUUGUCUUGAAGACAAAAUGUGUGUGACAGUACUGCCAUAACUUGCGGAAAGUCAUGUUCUAUAGAUAUAUAAAUAUAUAUAUUAUACAUAUAUAUAAAAAUAUGUUUACCAUAUGGAUAUGCAUUGAAUGUUUGCACAGAAUCUUGAUGAGCAAGUUGCUCUGAACAAAAUGGCCGUUAUGUUAGUGUCCUCGGCAAAAACCGAGGGAGGAAAAGUGUCAAAAAAAAUAAAAAUAAAAAACAACAACAAACUUUUUUAAGUGUCAAAAAUAAUGUGUGAACUACAAAUGUUUUCAAACCGUGACUGUGUGAUGGGAGAGUACCUUUCUUGCAUUUAUUUCUAAUUGUCAUUUUUAUAUAUUUUCACCAUGGGGUGAUGUAAACGUAUUGUCCUGAGACUCCGGUGUUUUUAGUUUUUUGUUGUUUCCCUUUUAUGUGGUUUUGUUGGCGUGCGAGUGGCGAUGAUGUCAAAAGGCCAACCGUGCCUGAUGGACAAAAAGAAGUCUUCGACCAUGGCGUCCCCCCCCCUCCUCCUCCUCCCGCCAUGACCCUGUUAGUCGUGGACAGUAAAGUCACAGAACAUUCCAUUGUAAAGCUGUGUGCCACCAGAAUAGAUACAAGAAACCAGUAGAGACGCUCUCUAACACUAAACCUGCUGUGUGCGUCACUUUCAGAACCAUUUGAAUGGAUUUGGAUAUUGAAUGGCCCAAAAACAGCUUUUAAUUAGUAUGAAACGGCAUUAAAAGAUCCUAAAGCUUACCAGGACUAAUCACAAAAACAUAUUUUGUGUCUCGGCUUGUCCAUCAUGAACGCACCACUUUCCCAUCUCUCGAGGACUUUAGUCAGACUGUCCUUUGCACUCUUGUGUAGCCCCCCCCCAUCAUCUUUCUCCUUUCCAUCCUUUUUAAAUAUCUCAUCUUCCGCCGUUCAGUUCUGAGGAAGAAGGACGCAUUUUCAAAGAGUUCAGUUCCCUUACUCCGGCCUGUGUAUCCCUGCCCUUGCCUUAAUGUCUCGUCCUCUUCUGUUUUUUUUCCUAAACUCUUUGUUCAGGAACACAGAGCUGAUUAAGGGGCUUCUAUCAAGUUCGUGGUGAUACUUUUUUUUGUUUACUUUCUUUUGCAUUUGUAAAAGAAAUGUACUGCCUUCUGUCUGUUCGUGUUAAUAAGAAUCAAACUCUGUAAAAAGAAAGCAAAACAGACAUGUUUGUGAGUAAUUUGGAUUUUGUAUGUAUGUAAAUAAAUAUAUCUUAUCAGCCUUG